CAGACAACAAUCUGAGGACAACAACUACACCUCAGCGCUCGGUACGUAAUGAAGAGAAAGGUCGCCGCUCUCGAAAAGGUUGAGGCCGACUUGGUCAACCUGCAGUACAAGAUCAGGAGAGAUCCUAGAUCGUACGCCCAGGAAUUCUACGACCAGUGGCUCGCAUACGAUGCGCAGCGCCAGAUCUUUAUUUCGUCGCCUGCGACUGUCUCGAGCGAAGAUACCAAGAAGUUUCACGACCUCGUCGACCUAGUAGCCCACGUCGCCGACCUCUACCCCGACCUCACCGCUCCAUUUCCCGGUCAUUUGAAGGAGCUCCUGAACCAGCACCAUGCGACCCUUGACAAGGAACUGCGGGAAAAAGCGGUGGGCAGCCUUGUACUGCUGCGGAGGAAGGAUGUUAUCGACUCGACCAGCCUAUUGACCACCCUCUUCCCGAUCCUAAUCUCGACGCCAAGCAAGACGCUGCGAUCCCUACUGUACACCAAAAUUAUCAGUGACUUGAGGGAAUCAAACUCUAAGGCGACGAACCAUCGCCUUAACCGCACCAUCCAAACAGUGCUGCACAAUCUCGUUACCUCGGACCGCACCUCAACAAAGGGCAUGUGGGCUACUCGGAUUACCCGCGAGCUGUGGCGCCGCCAGAUAUGGACCGACGCGAGGCCGUGCGAUGUCAUGAAGGAGGCAUGUCUCAGUGAUAAUGAAAAAGUGGUCAUCGGUGGCGUGCGCUUCUUUCUGGGCGGAGACAAGGAGCGGGAAGAGGCCGAAGACGAGUCGAGCGACGAGGACAUUGAUUUGAAGAAGGUCAAGCACCAGAGUACCAUCAACAAGAAGACGAAAAAGCGCCAAAAGGCAUACGAGAAGGCCAUUGAAAAGAUCAAGAGGCAAGAACGCAAGAAGCACGCCGCCCAUCCCCUGAACUUCUCAGCGCUGCACCUCAUCCACGAUCCCCAGGGGUUCGCCGAGAAGCUAUUCCAAAAACACCUUCAAAAUACCAAGAACAAGUUCACUCUCGACAAUAAGCUCCUCAUCCUGCAGCUAGUGACCCGUCUCGUCGGCUUGCACAAGCUCACCAUCAUCUCCCUCUACUCGUGGUUCGUGCGGUACCUCACGCCUAAGCAGCUCAACGUCACGUCAUUCCUCGCCUCGUUGGCCCAGGCAACACACAACCUGGUACCGCCAGAUGUCAUUGAACCGCUGGUUGUCAAGAUCGCCAACGAGUUCGUCUCGGAAGCAUCAGCAUCCGAAGUGGCAGCGGCAGGCAUCAAUGCCAUCCGGGAGGUUGCCCUCCGACAGCCGCUCUGCAUGACAGAGACCCUGCUUCAGGAUCUCGUCAUGUACCAAAGGAGCAAAGACAAGGGCGUGGUCAUGGCGGCAAAGGGCCUGCAGUCUCUCUACCGUGAGGUCUACCCCGAGCUGCUGCAGAAGAAGUACCGCGGCAAGGAGGCUACCAUGGGCCUGCGGUCAGGUGAGGUCAAGCAGCGGAGGUUUGGAGAGGAAGAAGAAGGUGGCAUCGAAGGCAUCGAGCUGCUUGAGAAGUACAAGGAGGAGCAGAAGAGACGGAAGCGGGAGGAACAGGGCUUAGAAGACGGGGAUGCCGAGAAGAAAGAAGACGACUCCGAAGACGAUGGCUUCAACUCGGAUGAGUGGGAGGUUGCGUCGACCGACAGCGAGUCAUCCGGCGGUUGGAUCGACGUCAGCAGCGAGUCGGAAGACGACGAACCGGCCACGAAGCGUCGCAAAAAAGGAGACUCCUCCGAAGCCCCCAAUCUCGUCGACACCGCCAAACAGGACGCCGCAGAAGCCGAGUACAACAGGAUAUCCAAGCUCGCGACGACCUCGAUUCUCACGCCCGCCGAUCUCGCGAAGCUCGAAGAGCUCCGGCGCGAGGCCAAGAUCGACAAGGCGCUCGGGCGGACCUCGAAGCGCAAGAAGGAGCUCAUCGAGAAGCACAUCGAGGACGGGCUUACGGCCGAGGACAUUGAGUUGCCGGCACAACUGGGCAAGAAGACCACCAAGGAGGAGCGGGUGGCGCUGGCGCGUGAGGGUAAGCCCGCUCGCGAGGAGCACAAGUCGACGCAGGCCAUCCGCAAGGCCAAGAAGGAGGCCGAGGGCAAGAGCACCACCAACAAGGAGAAGGCACGCAAGAAGAACUUCUUGAUGACGAUCGGCAAGGCGAGGGCCAAGAAUAAGCGGAGUUUGGUCGAAACGAGCAAGACGAUGAGGCGCCAUAUUGCAAGGAGUAAGAGUGGUGGGCGGAGAAGAAAUGGGUUGUAGAUUUUGCAUGUGUGGUCAUGUCCAAGGUACCUGAUACAGUAUUCGUAUUUUGCGGCUUACAUUUUUGUACUGGAUUGGUUCGCGUUGUGUUGUAUUAGGCGGAGGCAUUCUAGGUGACAAAGACUGUUGCAGUCAUGAGCCAGUGGAGGAUAUGAUCGGUUGAAAGGUCCAAAGCUCGAUCACUCUGGGUUAGCUUUGCAUAUGGUGCUUGUCGAGCUGAAUCCGGUCAAGGUGAAGGAAUUGUUAAAGAGGCAUGAUACCGCUUACGCACCAAUCACCG